AUGAUUGGUGGGACGGCUUCUCAGGUGAUUGUAUUCUUUGAUCAAAUUUCCUUCAGGGAAUAUCCAAGUCCUCAUACUGACUUUCCCAUGAUAGUGACAAAGAAUUACCAGCAUGUUCUGGCCUUGGCAUUUGCUGUAAAAGAGAUAAAUGAAACUCCCCAGAUUUUGCCCAAUAUUUCAUUGGGAUUCAACAUUUUUGAGAGCUACUUUAGUUUGAAGAGGAUCUAUCACAUCGCAAUGGAAUUUUUCUCCACACAUCAUAGAGUCAUCCCCAACUAUAAGUGUGGCAUUCAGAAUAACCUGAUAGCAGUGAUUGGUGGAUUGGGCUCUGAAACGUCGUACCAUUUUGCCACCAUUUUGGAUAUAUACAAGAUGCCACAGUUCAGCUAUGGUGAUUUUGCCCCAAUGCUGAGGAGUCAGUCUCAUUUCCUUUCAUUAUACCAGAUGGUUCCAAAUAAAAUCCAACAGUACAAUGGGAUUGUUCAGCUACUUCUGCAUUUCAGAUGGAUGUGGGUGGGUCUAAUGACCAUGGAUGAUGAAAGUGGAGAACUUUUUCUGAAAAACAUAGUACCAAUAUUUUAUCAAAAUGGCAUCUGUCCUGCUUUUGCAGAGAAAAUGCCUAGAAUGACCUUUUUUGACAAUUUCUUAACUGUCCAAGCAAGCCUUAACCAAACAUUUGGAGAAUUUAUGGAUAGUAAUGCCAAUGUUAUAAUUGUCCAUGGAGAUACCAACACUAUGCUGAAUUUGCGAAUGUUGCUCCAUCAAGGAGAAACUGACUAUGAGAAAGUGAUUUAUAAAGUUUGGAUUUUUGAAGCCCAGCUGGAUUUUGUAGCAGUGUCCAUGCAUAAAGACUGGGGUUUAGAAGCCUUCUAUGGUGCUUUAGCCUUCACAAUACAUUCACAGGAGGUGCCAAGAUUCCACAAUUUUCUCCAGAGCUUAAGGCCUCAUUCAGCCAAGGGAGAUGGCUUCAUCCAAACAUUCUGGGAGCAAGCAUUUGACUGUUCAUUUGCAGAUUCUAGUUUUAAUGAGGAUGGUCUCCAUCCUGUUCUGAGGAACUUCUCAUUUAACAACAGUGCUGGAGAAACAGUCCUUUUGAAUGAGAACGGGGAAUUUACCCUGGGAUUUGAUAUUACCAAUGUGAUUACUUUCCCCAAUAAUUCCUUUGUCAGGGUGAAAGUUGGAAGGAUGAACCCUUGGGCUCUUCCAGGCAAAACAUUCACCACUGAUGACAAUGCCAUUAUAUGGCCAAGACGAUUUAACCAGGUGGUGCCCAUUUCUCUCUGUAAUGACAACUGCCAUCCUGGGUAUCAGAAGAAAAAGAAGGAAGGGGAGCCAUUUUGCUGCUAUGAUUGUGCUCAGUGUGAAAAAGGAAAGGUUUCUCAUCAGAAAGAUAUGGAUACCUGCACCACCUGCAAAGAAGACCACUAUCCAAACAAGGAGCAAGAUCUGUGCAUUCCCAAAAGAGUAACGUUCUUGACUUAUGUGGAACCUUUGGGAAUGAGUUCAGCAUUGUCUGCACUUUUAUUUUCUUUGAUCACUGCUUUGGUAUUAAGAACAUUUAUGAAGCACCACAACACUCCCAUUGUCAAAGCCAACAACCGGGACCUGACCUACACUCUCCUCAUCUCCCUCCAGCUCUGCUUCCUUUGCGUGUUGCUAUUCAUUGGACGUCCUCAAAAGGUGACCUGUUUCCUCCGACAAACUGCUUUCAGCAUCAUCUUCUCGGUGGCUGUUUCCUGUGUGCUGGCAAAAACCAUCACAGUGGUUCUGGCUUUCAUGGCCACUAGGCCAGGAAGCAGCAUGAGGAAAUGGGUGGGGAAAAGACUGACCAGCCCCAUAGUCCUCCUCUGCUCUCAUAUUCAAGCAAGCAUUUGUGCUGUGUGGUUUGCAACCUCUCCCCCUUUCCCAGACGUUGACAUGACCUCAGUGGCUGAAGAAAUUGUACUAGAAUGUAAUGAGGGAUCUGUAACUAUGUUUUACUGUGUUCUUGGCUAUAUGGGCUUCCUAGCAUUUGUGAGCUUCACUGUGGCUUUCAUUGCCAGGAAACUACCAGACAGUUUCAAUGAAGCCAAAUUUAUCACUUUCAGCAUGUUGGUGUUUUGCACUGUCUGGUUGUCCUUUGUUCAGUACCAGAGUACCAAAGGGAAAUACACGGUAGCUGUGGAAAUCUUUUCCAUCUUAGCCUCUAGUGCUGGGCUGUUGGGUUGCAUCUUCUUCCCUAAAUGCUACAUUAUUAUUCUGAGGCCAGAUCUGAAUAAAAGAGAGAAUCUCAUGAAGAGAAAUGCAUAA